AUGCCUGUGCAAGAAUUCAGCUACAAAGAAAAGCCCGACACAUUGGUCCUGUUCGACGUGGACGGCACCCUGACCCCCGCCAGAUUGACCGUUUCCGACGAAGUCAGAGACACAUUGGCCAAGCUGAGGCAAAAGGUUGUGAUUGGGUUUGUCGGUGGUUCUGACUUGAGCAAGCAGCUCGAGCAGCUGGGCCCUAAUGUCCUGAACGAGUUUGACUACGCGUUCUCGGAAAACGGGUUGACCGCCUACAGAUUGGGUGAGAAGCUAGCCUCUCAAUCGUUCAUCAACUGGAUUGGCGAGGAAGAGUACAACAAGCUGGCUGUGUUUAUCCUCAAGUACCUGUCCGGUAUUGAGUUGCCAAAGAGAAGAGGUACCUUUUUGGAGUUCAGAAACGGUAUGAUCAACGUCUCGCCAAUCGGUAGAAACGCUUCCACAGAAGAGCGUAACGAGUUCGAGCGUUACGACAAGGAGCACCAGAUCAGAGCCAAGUUCGUCGAGGCCCUAAGAAAAGAGUUCUCUCACUUGAAGCUCACCUUCUCCAUCGGUGGCCAAAUUUCCUUCGACGUGUUCCCAACCGGUUGGGACAAGACCUACUGUCUACAGCACGUCGAGAAAGACGGUUUCAAGGAGAUUCAUUUCUUCGGUGACAAGACCAUGGUGGGCGGCAAUGACUACGAGAUUUUCGUUGACCCAAGAACCAUCGGUCACUCCGUUACCACCCCAGAUGACACCGUCAAAGCUCUGCGCGAAAUCUUUGACUUGAAAUAA